AUGCCCCGCGCCCUUGAGGCCCUCUACCUCGAGCCUCUCCGCCACGAGGCCGAAUGGGGCGUCCCCACAUGCGACCUCCAGCUCCGGUCGUACUCCCUCCGCAACCUCGAGUUCUUUUGUGACUUUGCCCUCCGUGCGGCGUACUACAUUGGCCUGCCUGCCUUUGGCCCCGUGCCACUUCCGAGGAUCACCGAGAGGUGGACCGUCCCCAAGUCUACUUUCGUGCACAAGAAGUCGCAGGAAAACUUUGAGAGAAUCACCCUGAGGAGGUUGAUCCAGAUCAAGGAUGGGCACCCGGAGACGGUGCAGUACUGGUUGGCGUUUUUGCAGAAGUAUGCUUAUUAUGGGAUUGGUAUGAAGGCGAAUGUGUGGGAGUUUAGCAGAUUGGAUGUGGCUCAGGAGAUGGACGAUGGUCUCCCGAAGACAAAGAAACUGCUCGAGAGCAAGUGGAAGCAUAUGGGUGCUCACGACAAGAUGCCCUUUAUGGAGGAUUUGGAGGAGUACCUUGCGAACGAGAGGAGAAAGAUUCCCGGUGGGAGGUAGAAAAAAAAUAUAGACGGGAAAGAAUUGUAUGUAUAGUCUUGGGUGUGCUGCUGUGUAUUUACUGUACGAAUAUCAGAAAUGUGUAUGGCAAUUUUGGGUGG